AUGGAGGAGGAUCUGUUCCCACCAGGCGCAGACCCAGGACUAGCAUCCCUGGUGAAUUUCCUCCGGGGCGAAACAGAACAAUUGUCCUUGAGGCAGACAAUGCACCUGGCCAAAAUAGCAGACCAGUUUGUACUGGACUCCCGGGACGCGUUGUUCUAUGUGAGUCGAAACACUCCGGAACGCCCCCGGGACGCUGCCGACCGUCUCCGCCUGGUGGUCCCCCAAGACCUUCAAGAGGAUAUUCUGCACCAUUGUCACGCAGACCUCCAAGGCGCUCACCAGGGUAUCAUCCGGACUUAUGAGAGACUACGCAAAGAAUUCUACGGGAUUGGGAUGUUCAAGGACACGGAGCGAUAUGUCAAAGAGUGCGUAGAUUGUGUCACGACUAAGGGGUUACCCCGGAACCCAGGCUCAUCAUGCGGCAACUUGCUAGCUACGCGAGCCUCAGCCCGGGGAAACACAGCACUACUCUUGUUCCAGUGCACGUUCUCGGGGUUCAUCAUGUGCAAAGCCAUGGCGAGCACUGAAGCCCAGGAUGUGGCCGAAGCUUACGAAGAAUGCGUGUUCCGGAGGAUCGGGGCCGGCGAAAUGCUCCGCCACGACCGAGACCCACGAUUCAUGGGUCGGGUGUUCAAGCACUUCCGGGAGAUGCUCGGGAGCAGACAGCGCGCGACCCUAGCCUACAGCCCCCAGGCUAACGCACAGCAGGAGAUGUCAGUGCAGAUAGUGAUCCGUAGUGUCAAGGCAUACGUCCAGACGUUAGCCGAAAAGCUCAUGUGGGCGCUGAACACCUCCUUCGACUUCACCCGACUCGACACACCGUUUUACUUGGUGCACGGUUGGGACGCCCAGGGUACCGUCGAAGCCAAGAUGGGGGACUUUCUCCGGGACGUCCAACUCCGAGACGCCCAGGAGUAG